GUUAUUGUAGACGUCUUACCCGAAAGCAAGCUGAAAUUAGCAAUUUUUAGAAACGCAAAUUCAAAACGGCAGUGAAAAUAAUUGUUUUUCUUCAAAGCUAUUAUAUAAAAAAAGAAAACUAUAUAUACUGUGUCUUAAACCCAAUGCACAAUGGAUAACGACGCUUGCGCUUCUGUUGAAAAGGAGCUAGACCGCGUAGUAACGAAAUUGGAGCAACUAUACGAGACUUCCACCGCCGAAAUAGGAGACAUUGCGUCUUUAAUGUCCGAGCUAGUUAAAGUGCUGAAUAAGGCUGAGAACGAGAUGGUCACUACACUGAACACCAGCACUCAAAUGAAUGCACCUGCCAACGUGGACGACCCCAUGGGUGAUGGCGUUAGCAUGCAGGUGGAGACGGAGCCGGCGGAACCACAGCGUCUGACCGAACGCCAAAUAGAAAUAAUAAGAGAAGCGUUGUCCAAGUGCAACGAACGCGUACAAAAACUCUCAACAGAGCAUCGGGACCUCCAUGGAGCUGUAUCAAAGAUUGGUAAAGCUAUUGAUCGCAAUUUCAGUGCGGAUUUUAGCUCCACCAUGCGCGUUGAUGUGCUGCAGGAGGAGGACAAUCUGAUGUUGGUCAACAAAGCUAUCGCCAAGCACUACUGCCGUCAGGGUAUGGAUAGUGUGGCCCGAACCCUGAUCAAGGAAUGUAACAUGGCCGAAGAUAAUGCCCAAGAUGUGUUCGACUCUGAGCGAGAGUUCGCGGAAAUCUACAGUAUUUGGCUGCAGAUACAGAAAAGAUAUCUAAGGGAAGCGUUGGAAUGGACCAUACGUCAUUCAGAACAACUUUUAGAAAGGCAUUCUAUCAUUGAGUUUCGUCUGCAUCGUAUGCGUUUUAUGCAACUGGUCUCGCAAGGAGUUGGCUCACAAAACGAGGCCAUAAUGUACGCUCGCACCAAUUUCAAGAAGUUUGCAGUACGCUAUGAGCAUGAGAUUGCCAACUUAAUGGCCAGCUUCAUAUAUCUGCCCGGCGGACUGGAAAAUUCGCCUUAUAAACAUUUCCUGGAGCAGGAAAUGUGGACAGAAUUGUCGUUCAUAUUUUUGAAAGACGCAUGUCAAUUGCUUGGCAUAAGCAAAAAUUCUGCGCUCUCCGUGGUGAUCAAUGCUGGUUGUACAGCUCUGCCAGCACUGUUGAACAUCAAGCAGGUGAUGCAAUCACGCCAGGUGCUGGGCAUGUGGAAUGGGUGUGACGAGCUGCCAAUUGAAAUAGAUCUCCAGCCUGAAUUUCGUUUUCAUUCAAUUUUUGCCUGUCCGAUUUUACGGCAGCAAACCUCGGAGGACAAUCCGCCGAAGAAGUUAACGUGCGGCCAUGUUAUUUCGAACGACGCCUUACACAAGCUAAGCAACGGGCAUAUCCUUAAGUGUCCAUAUUGUCCCGUCGAACAGAACUCCGAGGAAGCUGUUCGUAUUUACUUUUAAUUUUAAGUCUCUGAUAUGUAAAACGAUAGCAAAUAAGUGAGCCUGUUUGAAACGAGAUGUUUGGCUUGGAGUUUCUUAGAUUCGAAAUUUCCGUAUCAAUGAAUUUUAAUGGUUCCCCAGAAUUGCACGGAGCAUACAUUUGCAAUAUAUGCAUCGGCUUUUAGAAAUCUUAGCAAUUUAUAAUCAAACCUUCAACCGCGUUUGUACUUGUAUGUGCUCCUUCUUGAUCCGAAUGAUACAACCAUCAGCCACAAUAAUAGAGAACAAUGUAACGUUUUAGUUUUAAAUAAAUAUACAUAUAUAUGAGUAAAACACAAGCGUAAA